AUGGAGAAUGAUGCUCUGUUGCGUCGGUACCGGCGGGAGCGCCGGAGGCUGCUCGAGUUCAUCCUCUCCGCCGGCCUGGCGGCGGAGGUCCGGCCACCGCCCGGAGCCGAGGAGUUUAUCGGACGUCGAUUUGGAUGUCGUUAGCGCCGAUUAUGUUCUCGAGCGCGUAAAGUCCGGUGAGUCGCUGUCUCAGCUUUUUGCGCCGGUUGGCUGUGCUUGUGGGGUGGAGCUGUGACGGCCGGAGAGUGUGCGAGUUUUUUGUGCAGGUGGGAUGUUGGACCUCUCAAAAGCCAGCGAGAGGUACCAGGAUGAAUUGAGGUUCCCAGUUAUGGUGGGUGCAUUUCCUGAUAAUUCUUUUUCUUUUCAUUUACGCGUCUUUCGUUUUUUUUAAAUAAUUUAUGCGCGUUUACACGAACCCUCAUUAAGUGUUCACGUCAGGCUUCAACCAUAGUUGAUUUGAUAUAUUUUCUCUAAUGAAGAAAUCCAAAUCUCUUGGACGGGUUUGUGAUGAGCUAAGCAUAGUUCUUUUAAACGUCUAAUGGUUCUCGUGUCAUGAAGAUCCGAGUUUUUUUUUUUUAUAUAUAUAUAUAUUUAUGUGGCACUCGUUUUCUUUAAAAUUCUGUAGGUCUUGGCUGCUUGUUCAUGAAAUCGAGAACAAGAAAACUAAUCCCGUGAAAGUACCUGCGAUCUAGUAAUUUCAAUAGCUCUUGGGUUAUUUAUAGACGAACACAUUAACGGCAAUAUGUCAUUGACAUGUGUCUUAACUCUCAGAAUGUGGUGUGCUCGUGUUUAAUUACUUCUGUCACAUUAUUGAUUUGAAUUCUUAGAUUUGGUCCAUUAGCUCUGAAGCAAUGCACCAUUUAUGCUGCCUAUUGCGUUGGUCUCUCAAAAUUUAUUUUUUGCAGCAUUUCUGAUGCCUCAUCUAUGCACAUUACCCCAUAAGUGAUGACAUUUGAUGCAAUAUUUUUGAGAGGGGUGGAAAGGUUUGUUUCUUUUUGACAUCUUCGUGGAGAUCUGAGCCUGUAGUUGGCCUAUUUGAUGUGGAAGGAGCCUGAGCUUCAGUGUAGAACAAACGUAAAAGUCAGACUUCAGAAAUAUUUAUUUAUUUAUUUGGUUUUAAAUUAUGAGUCCCAAUUUUGAGACAUGUUGGAGGAGGUUUGGAUGAGGUAGCGAAUUUCCACCGAUUAUUAGUGUUCAAAUGUGGGAGAUUCCUUUUUUUUGUUUUUUGCUUUUUGAAGGGAGGGUCGUUGCCUAUAUUCAAAUAAGAUUAUAAUUGGGGAAUCGAUCCUAAAUCAUGUUAAACAUGAGGAUUUUCUCUCUGAAUCUCUUAGAAAGGUGCAAACAUUGGUCCCUUCCAAGCGUUAUCCUCAGCUCUUAUGUCUCCUUAUCGUGGGUUGGCAUCAGAAAAUUUUCUUCUUUCUUCUCCCCUCACCGUUUUAGUUGGAUUAGCAUUAGUUUAGCCUGACACCCUCCAACCUAAUUAAUUUAGAUGUGUUGUGGGGUUAGCGGUAUUCCCUCUUUUGUAAAAUUAAAUCCUCACUGAAAAAGUGAGUAUUAGUUUUUAUUAUUUUCAUGAAGGCAUGCUUUUUCUUCAUUUGAAAGAUCCUUUUCCCAUGAUACUGGCUGUUUUAUCAGGUAUGAGCUGGCCAGGAAUUGAUUUGAUUCCGGGAAGAGUUGCGUAGAAUUAUUUUUUGAGCUGAAAUGAAUCUGAAAUGAGUUUUGUUAGUCGUAACAAGCUGUCAUCUUUCUUUAGCAUUUUUUUUUCUCAUCAACGGGAGUAGAGCUGAAAAUGAUACCUUUCGCUUUUCAGAUAAGCUCACGGACAGGAAUCACGUUUUUCCUGAAUUCGAAACCCGAAUUUUCUGGGCCUCCACCUCAACGCAACCCUCCCCAAGCUAAUUUGAGCUCCCACCAGGCAUCUUUUGCAGCUGAGCAGUCAGAACAGAAAUCUGGAAGAGAUUGUACGGAUUCUAGAAUUCCCAAUAAUGUUCACUGCACGGCUACAACAUUUACCUCUUAUCCACCUUUGAAAGACACAAGUAGCAUCUCCUUUGGCUUACCCACGCUAAGUACAGGUGUUCUUUACUUUCCAUUUUUAUCCUCUAAAAUGUUUUAGUGGCUUCUAUCAGAUUCACUGAUUCCCGAAGCUGUUACUUAGGAGGUGAUUUAUUUAUUUGAUCUUGUUGUUUUUUCGUCUCGAAGGACUAUCUGACGAUGAUCUGCGAGCAACAGCCUAUGAGGUGUUAGUAGCUUCUGUCUUAAUUUUCGGGUUAGUCUCCCUGUGCACUCAUCACUCUGUUCUGUCUGCAAGCCUGUGUCAAAAUCACUCAUCUUUGGAUUUCUAGGGGACACGCUUAUUUUCAUGAAGACAAACAGAAGGAAAAGAAGUCCAGAUUUUUGACGGGCUUAAGAGCCAAAAGAGACAGAACAAAAGUCAUCACUCAAUCUGUAGAUUGGCAUUCUGAGAUUCUGGAUAUGAUUCGAGUUCAGAUGGAGGCAAGCUCAUUUUAUUUUUAAUUAUGCAGAAGAGUUUUCAUUUCCUCUGGAAUGGUGUCAGGAAUGGGCCGUUGCUUGGCGCUUAUUAGAAAUUUGGAUGUGGGUAAACACUUGGUAUGGUGGAUGGACUUUUUGAUAUAGAUCAUAAAUAGCAAUGAAAGAGCUUUAUGAUCCGUUCUAACAGAUGUUGAGAGUUUUCUACUACUUUGAAUGGAAAGUUUUCUGUUCCUAAAUCUGUAAUCAUUUUGCAUCAUAAAUAGACUCUGUGAAUGAGAAUCCUCUCAUGCUGAAUUUUGGCAUUUGUUGAUACUUUUUAAAUUGGUGAUUGAUUAGCGUCCUUUCUAUAUUGCUUACCGGAGUCUAGGUUAGAGUCUUAAUAUCCUUUGGCAGUGGACACAUUUCAUGCCAUCAUGUUAAUUCUUUAACUUCUAGGAACUCAUCUGUUCACAUUUUAGACUAUCAUUUUCUGCAUGACAUUCAACAUCCCUCAUCCGAUGUAGUCGUUCUAGGGUCUCCUAAUUCACUGCAUAAAAAUAUGUUGCUCUUUACGCUUGGCUUUCUGAACUUAAUUGCGACUAGGGCUCUUUUGCUGACGAACAUAUCGUUUGUGUCUAGUUAUCGUCAUUAGUUUUAUUGUUUGGGAUGACAAUAUUUUCUUUAAUUUCACAUCUUUUUCUUUUUGCUAGAUUUCAGAAGCAAUGGAUGCAUGUAUUAAGCGAGGAGUAAUGCUUUUCCAUUCAACGUUGACAUCAGAACGAAUUGACGUCCCUCAAAUCAUGCUUGAGCUCCUAAGCAAUGUUAAAAAGUCAGGUUUUGUUAAUGAAAAGCUGUUCACACAAUGGCAGCUGAAGAAGGCAAGGCUAAAUCUUCAUUCUUCUGUUUUCCAUGUUUUCAGGAUUCUAGAUUUAUAUGCGUUCUCCUUUUUUCUAGGUAAAUAUUCUUGAAGAACUUCUUUGUGGUUCUGUAGAUGUUGUUACGGAAGAUGAAUAUGCAGCACUGAAGCUAUCUAUUUCAGGGUUAAGAAAUAUCAGUGUAAGCCUUCCUGUUUAUUUUAUAUUAUGUAUGAUUUUUUAAUGAAAUAUGAAUUGGAUGAAAUUAAUCAUCGAUUUUCUCUCUGUUCCUGUCUAGGUGCCAAUUCUUUGCCGUUUUGUUUUAUUGCAUCGUCUUUGUGGGCUUGAUUGAUCUAUAAUGUUGUUCCAGGGAAGAAGUGACAAAACAGACUCAGCUGGACAAGAUAAUAUUCUGAUGACUAUUAGAAACUUUGUAUCAAGGUUGUCUAAUGUGCCUGGAAAGUUUGGCCUCCCAGGUGAAACCUGCUACUGGACGAGCAGUUAUCAUUGUCAUGUCAAACUAUAUGAGAAGUUACUCGUGAGUGUUUUUGAUAUCCUUGAAGAUGGUGAGAUAGUAGAGGUGUGUGUGGUUACACCUGCCGGCAAACUGUAGUUUCAAUUUAUUUGUUAAGGUUAUUUAUCUAUGUUUGCUAUACUGUACAAUCAUGCAUCUGGUUAAUUUAUUUUUAUUUUCCUUGUAGGAAUCCGAGGAGUUCCUCUCUAUUUUUAAAUUAACCUGGCCUGUGUUGGGCAUCACUCAAAAAUUGCAUGAUGUAUUAUAUGGGUGGGUGCUUUUACAGCAGGUAUUUAUUUAUUUAUUUAUUUCUCUGUUUCUGAUCGGUAAAUAAAUAUCCAAAUACUGAGGUGUCCUGAGAACUUUACUUGAUGGCAAUUCUCAUCUUAUCUCUAUUUAAAUUUUAUGUAUAAAUGCAAGGUAAACUCGGAAAGCAUGCCUCGGACUCAUUUGCGUUUUCAGUGUAUGAUUCUUGUAUGACCACCACCAUUAAAAAUGUUCUUUUUUAGAUAGUUUAUGUGUCCUAGCUGUGCCAAUUUUUUUUCUAGAAACUGAUUUUUAUAUCCAUGUGGAUGAUGUAAAUUCUUAUUUGCUGUGCAUUUUCGGCAAAAAUUACAACCUCAAAAAUUUAUCUGGUUCGUUACUGAGCUAUCAAGUAAGCUAAAGUUUGGUUUCAUUUAUCUGUUAUCAGAGUGGGUUACCAAGUUCCCACUCUGGUAUCUCCCGAGCUCAGCUUUGCCCCCUUCUAUACUCUUUGCGGUGGUCACCUACCCCCUUGUAGUCUCAGGUGCGUGACCCCUCAUCUUCCUCGUUGCUCUCUUUUGCCGCCUAAAGCCAACUGCUUCCCCUUCCUUGCCCUAUGGUAGAUUGCAUAUGUUCGCCAAAUCAGACCACCCAACCUCCUCUCCCACGAAAGUGCUUUCUCAUUCACCAGAUACCCAGGUCCAUGAGUGUUAGGCGCAGUUACCAAGAUGGAACCACCUGCAUUCUUCUCUCAUCUUCUCUCCUUCAGUAUCUGUAAGUCGAGUAUUCAGCUCCCUUCUUGUCACACUGUUCUUCCCUUCUUUGUCUACAUUGCUCUGUCUCCAUUUAUCUAUUUCUCUUUGAAUGUAAACCCUCUUCCCCGCUGUCCUCACCAUCCAUCUUUGAGUGUAUUUAUCCUCCACCUCUAUUUCCCUUCUCUGUGUAAAUUUCUCUCUCUCUCUUUCUCUCUCUCUCUCUCUCUCUCUCUCUCUCUGUACAUCAUGUAUAUCUAGUACGUAUAAUAUAUAGACGUGUGUCAGUCUCCCUCUCUCCCUCUUGCUUGACUGCAUGUUUCAAUUGCAUUAAAAAAUGUGAUGAUUAAAAUCUUCUGCCUCUCAGUCAAAGUGUUUCCCCAGUAUGCUGAAAGUAAAACUCUUCCAGAUAUCAGUUGAUUGGUUGAUUUCCAGCCGAAUUUGAACUUUAGUUGCUACCGGAUUUUGAAAUCCCACAUGUACCUGGUUGAUGUGGAGGAGGUACAAGAAAUAAAAAAAAAAAUCCCUCUCUGCUACUGACUGCUGUGAUGUGCUACCUCUUCUUCCUGCCAGUGACUACUGCGAGACUGCAUUUGUCUAUUAUUCCUUGUUCAUAAUCCUAUCAGGAAAAGAAGACUUGAAAGAUUAGUUCAUGAUAAUGAAAAUAUGUCUGCUGGGCCUAGCUGAUCCUGGUCAGUCUCAUUCUUUGACGAUUCUCUUUUAUUUGUGUGGAGUUCAGUUUGACAGAAUAUAAUGGUUGAAAAGGGAUCUGAAUCAUGAUUUAGCUAUGCUUUAGGAUGAUGUUUAGCUCGUUCAAUAUCUGGAGACGUCAAGAUCUGCGUUAUGGAUUGUAUCUGGGGCAUUUCCCUUAUUUGAAAUUCUUUUAUUAAAGCCUUUUCAUGUCUGUUUAAGUGUAGCACUGAUGUAGAGUUCAAAAUUCUUUAUCCUUAACCCAGCACUCUAUGAUUUUCACUUUCAUAUGUAUCGUUAUUUAGAUUUGAUACAUACCUUUAUGAACGUUCUGAUGAGGAUUUUUUUGUAGUAUAUAUUGACAGGAGAAACUACUCUAUUAAAAAAUGCGGUUAUUCAAAUUCGGAAAGCAGUAUCAAGUGAAGAUGUUAAUAGAAAUGAAGAAGCGUAUAUGAACUGUCUUUUAUGUUUUAAUGGAGGUCAUGAAGGCCAUGGAGACUUAAGUUUGGUGCAGGCUGUUUUAUCGUCAAUUAAGGGUUGGUGUGACAGCAAGUUGCGAGACUACCACUUAUAUUUUACUCAGGUCUACGAUUUUAAAGAAUUCCUCUUCCUUUUUGUUAUUACAUGCAGUUAAACUAGCUUUCUCUUAAAUGAUGAUAUACCAAUUAUUGUUGGAACCAAGAAUUGGUUCCGACAAUAACAAAGCAUAAUACUAACUUUGUGAGCUCAUAUCUUGUGGACUUUAGUUUUUAAUGCCUUCCAUAUUAUAACUAUGCAUUAUGCACGUUACCCUUUUCAGCUUACUUAUUGCAAGUUUUGCAUUCUGUAGCUGAUUGCUGGUUCAGAAAAAUAACAUGGUAGUGAAUGCAUGGGUUGAUUCUCUUUUAGAACCUGGAAUAUAUUGGUUGAUUAUAGUUUUUUUUGACCAUUGAUUUUGAUCAAAUUCCUUGUCAAAAAAUGCUAGCAGUGCUUUUCUUUUAUGUCUAAGCAUGAGAAAAAAAGUUGGUUCUCCUGGCCAUAAACAGGCCAUAACUACACUAUUUUUAGAUCAUUUUUUUGAACUUAUGGAGUGUUUUGAGCCUUAUCAUUUUUAGCCGAUCUAGGUAGUGUGGAAAUUUAUUUUUAUUCAAUGAAGACUUAACUUCUGUGAAAUUGAUUUAUUGAUUUAGUUGGCGUGUAAUAGGAAGCUUUGACAAAGAAUCUACUCGUUUUAGCUACUAAUGGAUUGUACCUGCUUUUUUGGGUCUGCUGGAAGCCUGUAAAAACCCUUAAUUUCUGAGAUACAUUUCUUUCGUGCGUCCAAAUUGCCACAGAGUUGCAUAGGGGAUAAGCCACCAGAUUGAGCUUAGAUUGUCUUAUCCUUCCAUUUAAUGGGACAGUUUUCUCUUGUAAUUGAAACUUAUACAAUAUUGUUGACUCCACUCAGCAAGAGAUGUAGGUGGAACCAAUACACAUAAAAAAUGUUAGAGUUCCAGCAUGUUUACCUUUCUUCACUUGUCUACUGCAAUGUUCUCCUUGUUUUGUUGUCUCCUUAUGGUUGAUACCCAACAAUCAUAGCUGAAACUAUCACGAGGAAAGGCAAUUAAAUUAAUCAAGCAAUAAUUAUAUGAAUGUAUUUAUAUUCUGCAUAUUCAGUUAGACUGAAGAAGAGGAAAGUAAAUGUGUGGUUGAAAGGGACAUUUAUGUUCAACAGUUUUGGCUAGAAUUGGAAAGGAACUAGAUUCUGUCAUCGAAAUAACUGUGUUUGGACCUUUGUUUCUAUUGUUAUUCAUUGGAGCCGAAAAUGUAUAUAAAAAUGCUUAAUCAUGAGAGAACAGUCUGGUCAUUGCCAGAUUAUGUAUUUUGAGUUUUUUUCACUUUUCUUGUUGAACAUUUGAGAAACAAUUAUUGGAAUUUUCACUAUUUUUGUUUCGAAUCAGUGUUUUACCUUUCUUGUGGUGCCUUGUUUCCACCUGAGAAUCGGAACUCAUUUUUAUUUUCACUUGAAGCAUUUUCCAGUGGAAACAAUGAUGUACAACAAAAAACAUAGAAAUGAUAGUUAAAAUAAUGGAUACUUAUUAUUUUCUGCAGAAACCCGAUGACUUUGUAAGUGCUGUAAACUUAGCAGCUGUUCUUGUAUUGCAUUUUGGUGGAGAACGGUAUGAAAGCAAGGUCAGUAGUAUGCCAAUUUUCCAUUAUGAUUCCAAUUGCAUUUAUUUUCCCUCAUCUUAUUUACUAGGUUUAUCUGCCAGGGGUAGUUAUUUAUUGGCAUCAUGUUUAUUUAUUCUAAAAAAUUAUACCUUUCAGCCGUGACCAAUUUACUGAGUUCUAUGACUAUGAACAAAUAAGAUGAUUGGUAGGAUGAUUUAUUGAUUGGACCAAUGUUGUCUCUAAACUCACUACUGUUCUCACCAUGAGUUCUUCUCAUUGAUGACUAUGAACUUCAAUUUUUACUUUGUUUUUUGCUUUAAAAAUGGAGUCAUGAGUUCCAUUUCCUGUCAUAAUUGUCUCACAUCCUGAUUUGGAUGAAUACAUAGUCCAAAUCUAAGGAUUGACAGGACAGAUUAAAACUGAACUACAGGAGAACUGGAUUUAAUUUAUUUGACCACAUAUGAUUGCUGUAUUUUACUUUGUGAGUUCCAUCACGCUGAUUGUGAUAUUUAUAUUAAAUCAAGCGGAAUGUUAGAGAAAAAAUCUAUUACGAAGAGAUAGUUUUAAGGUUGAUUUUUGAAUCAUUUUUGCAUAAUAAGCUUCAUCUUGUGCAGUAUGUGCAAGUGGUACUGGUACCUAAUAAUCUUCAUAAUUUUUAUCAAUGCAGUUUGGUAUGGACAUAUCCAAGACUGAAACAGCUCCAGAGCUCAUGAAAGGAUACAUCGAAAGUUCCAUUAGUGCCGCAUGUGAGCGGGUAGGAUGGUACAUUUUUUGUCGUUAUUUUAUCCUCUUCGUGCACUUUUUCAAUUGUUCUGUCUUUUUUUUUAGGUCGUUGACUUAUCGAGCAGCAUGUCUAAAUUAGAAGGAAGUCAUCAGCAUCUGGCUAAAUUGGCUGAGGAUUUAAAAUUAACAGCUGACACAGAAUUCAUCACAUUCACUCCCGUGCUUUCCCAAUGGUAUCCUGAAGCAGGAAUCGUUUCAGCUGUGUUCUUACACAAGCUUUAUGGGAAAUAUUUGGUAAUUUUUUAUCCUUUCUAUUGGAGCUGAAUGUUUGGGUGCUUUUUCUCAUUUUCGGGGGAUGAUGUUCUAAAGAUGUACAAUAUGACAAAAACUUUGAUACAUGAGGACAAAGUAUUUCGUUUGGAUGCAAUCUGCCACAUUUCACAGAUGGUGCCUUCAUUUUAGCUACCUAUUUUUGUGGAAAAAUGAUAUGUUUGCCAUGAAUUCCAAGUUUAGCUGGAGGUCAUUUGUCAUUGAUGAGAGUCCAACUCUCUCACCUUAAGAAGAGUGGGGGGUGGGUGGUGUUGCUUGCAUUCUUUAAAUAAUAAAACGUGACAUUUUCUCGUGCAGAUGCCAUUCUUGGAAAGUGUUUCAGAUAUUUCAGGAGGUCCAAGGUCAGUGCUUACAGCAGCUGAUAUUUUAGAGAGGUGCCUAAAUGACAUGCUUUACUCAUGUGGUGAAGAGGGUGUGUCAUUCUUGGCCAGUGAUUUGCAUCCUUAUAAGGUUAGAACAGCCAAUUCCAUGGAGUUUGCUGCAUGAUCAGUCCAAGUGAUAUUUAUUCCUUAUGUUUACAUAAACGAAAUUCUAUAUAUUGCUUCCCUUUUAUAGUCUUCAGAACUUAUUUUCAUUGUUGCUUUCCUGGAGGAUAAUUAUUUUUCAACGUCAGCUGAAGGAAUAAUGGUUAAAACGUUAUUUGAAAUACAUUCUAGUUGUUGAAAAAAAGUUUUUAUCUAAAGGCAGUGGGGUAGCCAGUGAUCAUAAUCCCACAACCCAAUCGAUUUAUGAAGUUUUUUUGCUCAACUACUGCGCAUCUGAAAGAUCUAAGUUUUUUUUGAAUUAGAUAUUGUCUUGAACAGUGGCGAAAACCCUAGAAUAAUAUGCAGAGGAAAAACUCAACUCGUAUUCACAUCAUAAAUAACUGUUAUAUACACAAGUACUAUGGCCAGAGAACAAGGAAACCAUCUAACUAGGAAAUCAACAAACCAACAAACAAGGAAACUGUCCAACUAGUUAUUUCCCACAGAUAUCAUAAAUGAAUUCAACAGCUGUAUAUUUUACUAUGUAUAAGCAAAUGUUUAUUUGGUCACGCUUAUGUAGUCUAUAUAGAUUAUAUCUAUCACAUUCACACGAUGGAAAUCUUAGUAUUGAUAAGUAAAGCAAAAUGGUAAAUUCCAUGAGCUUGGACUCUCUGAUGACAUAUCUAGUGCAAAUAAUUUCAAUGGAUAAGAAUAUUCACUUUAAGGGGCUUGUUGAUUGUAUAUGUAAGAUAGAUGGUCAUGGAAGGUCUUUUUUUUCUUUCAAACUUAUCUUCAGAUGAACCUUGUCUUAACCAAAUCUAACUUUUUACUUGGCUGGUUUUAGACUCUUUUAGUCUCUUUUGUUUGCCACUUACCUUCAUUGGGCUUUAUAGUUUCUGACCUAGUGGUGUAUUCUUUAUUGUGACAAGGCAGUAUGGUUGAGACGCAUUUAGGGAAGCGAAUAAAUUUCAGUGUCACCUCAAGGAAGAACAUGAAAUGAACUAAGAAUCUAAUACCUGACUUUGUGAGGAACUCGACAAGCUUAAUUUGGAAGGACUUGGGUGGUUGCCAUUUUUGCUUGGUUUAUUUUUGAUUCAGAAUCCCCUGCUUCCCAGGUGUAUCUUUGAUUCAUCAAACUAGUUAUUCUCUCAACUGUCUUCUAACCCCAUUUACCUACUUUCUCUCUCCAAAAUUCUACAUAUUGGAAGAUGGCGAGUGUCUAAAAUUUAGGAUGUAUUUUUGGGGGUUGCUGAGUGGUGGGAUGGGACUAUUUAUUUUUUUGAGGAUAUAGAUGGUGAAAACAUAUGAUAAAAUUACUUGAGGGAAUUCUUUCUUCAUCUUCUUUGUCGUAAAAAAAGAAAAUAAACCAUCAGUGGGAUAGUAAGAAACCUCCCAAUACUGUACGCCAGGUUCUUGAUGUUUGGCCCUUGCUACAUCUUCUUUGUUGAGAAAAUAAAAUGAACCAUCUGUGGGAUGGUAACCUCCCCGCUAAUGUACACCAGGUUCCUGAUAUACAGUUCUUAACUAAAAUCUUUUAGACUAGAGCAUUCCAUUUAUACCAUAAGAUUCCUUAGCACUGGCGUCAUGAUCUCCCCCACAUUCACCAAAAUUGAAAAUCCUAAUAAUUUCACCUCAAAACAGGAAAUUAUGUGGAGCAAUUUACCCCAUUGGUGGCACUGGUAGACAAAUCACUUAAGAUCAUCUGAUAUCCUUGGUUAUUUGCCUUAUAGUUGUUAUGCGAUAUUCACUGUUUCAAUCUGUCACUUUUUCCCAUUAGUGAAGGACUUUCACUUCAUACAGCUGUAAGCAGCAGGACACCAAAAAUCAUCAGUCUGUCACUUACUUUCAUAUGUGAACCUUCGCAUGGUAAAGCUGCCGGCUGAGCAGUAGUGGUUGUCGGCUCUUUUUCUUUCCGCUUCUUUAUUUUUAUCCUCCCUCUUCUUUAUCUUCGUCCUCCCAGUUUUUUUGACUGCUUCAUUUCUUGCACUUACUGCUGGUGGAUGUAUUUAUCAUUACCUCCCCUUCCCAUUGCCUCCGAUCACAGUAUAUCAGCGACAUUGAAUGGAAUGGAAUCCAACCAAAUCUUCAUUGCAUCUGUACCGAAGUCUAUUUUGGCAGUUAAAAAUAUCUUAAAACACUUUCUUAAUUUUUAAAUUAUACCUUUUUGUUUAAGAAAGAAUCUCAACUUAUCUCUCUGAUUGACAUGAGUUUCAUGAUUUAAUUGCUUCUCAGAGUUUCAUGAGUUUAAGAAAGAUCUGACUUGGUUUUUGAGGUUUCUGUUUCAGAACCUGUGUUCAAGUCAGCCCAAAUUUGUUAUGGCCUUCUGUAGGUUGUACAGGUCAUCUUUUUUAUUUUCGAAAUGAUCACAUUGUUGUGAACACCAAGAAUGAUCUUCUUUGUUUUCCAUGAAAACGCUAUUUUCUGUUAUGUGUGCAUAGUCGCUCUGUAAUUAUGAGUUCAAACUUGUUUUCUACAAGUGAUCUGUAAUUCAGUAAUGUGGCAAAAAAAAUUCUUUUGAUAAUAGAAUGGGUGAUGAGCUUUCUGGAAAAUGUUUUCACUACACUCCUGGGCAUCAGGGCCUUUUCUCGCUGACGGAUCUUCUUGGUUUGCCAAGUGCUCUAUGCUCUUGCUAAACAUAUGAGUAAUUGGGGGGGGGGGGUAAUUCUAGGGUAAUAUAUGUUAGCACUGAAGAAGAAUAUCUUCGAACGGUAGGAGAAGGGCAGAACACUAGGAAGACCCUGAUACAGGAAGAAGAACACCUCUAGUCCGGUGGGAGAAUGGCAGAACGCCAAGCUAAAUUAAAGAGGAGAGGAGGAUCAAUGGAGGUACUAAAACCCGAAUCUGAAUAGUAAAGAUAAUCUCUUUUUUCUUUUUCUCUAUUCGACUCACCCUAAGGUUAGUGUUGUAUAUUUUAAUGUGACUAUACUAGUUUAAUAAACCCAAAGUUUAUCCGAGACUUAAUUGGAUAAUGGGUCCGAAUAAGAUCUAAUAUUUUAAUGGCCCUAAUUAACUCCAACACGGAGAAACAGAAAAAGGAUAACUGGUUCUCAACAAGCACAAAGCUGCAAUCUCACAGCUCCUCUUUAUAAACACAUUUUUCCUUUGUAUCUAUGCUUAUUCAUGAAUGAUUUCUGUGGAAAAUCAAAUGAUUGACUUGUGAGCUCAAAGAUCACCAGGCAAUGCGAUCAGGAAUUUAUGUAUUAAAAAUUUGCAUUCAUAAGAGUCCUUUCCUGUGUGAAUAACACACAACAUGCAAUGCUUUAUGCUUUUCAUGUCAUUGCUUAGUUGACUUUAUCUAUUAAUUUUAUCACAUUUUUUUUGUGCUAAUGCGCUUAAUUUUUGCUAAAUGUCGGGCUGACAAAGUUCAUUUAACAAUUUUUUUGUUUAUUUUCAUUUUGUGGCAGAUUGGGCUAAUCUCCAGGCCACUUAUUCUUCAAUGGGUAAAUUCUCAACAUGAUAACCUGUUGAAGUGGGCAGGACGUGCUAUUCUUAUUGAGGUUUGUUAUUUCAUUCCAGAGUUAUGUUUUGAGUAUUGGAUCUCACAGGUUGAUCAUUAUUGAAUUUUAAGAAUGCUUUUCGCUCAUAUUUUAGGAUGUCAUUCGGUUCAUGGAGAGAUUUGACCUGCCUUCUUUUGGGGUUGUGGGUUGCCUCAGUCUCUUGGCUGUUUGCGCCUAGAAAAGCCAUGGAUGUGGGAAGAUCAGGGACCCUGUGGAUGACUGCGACAUUUGUUUCUACAUAUUGUUGGUCUGAUCAUUCUGAAGGAGAAGAAUGAAAUUUAGUUUUUUUGGAAAAUAGGACGUAAACAAGUGCUGUUGGACUGAUAUAAUUCAAAAGUUUAAUAAAAUUGACUCGUGAGAAGUGUUGAGAAUGAAACUCUCGUACAAUCACAAACGAUAAUAAGACGAGAGACGGCUGGAGAGCCAAGCAUAUGAGGAUAUUAUAGGUUUUGUGUGGUUCAUCUAAUCCAUUUUCAAACUGAGCCAUUUUGAAGGGCUUAUAAUUACGUGAGAUGACCUAUCCCUUUGGCAUCGUGGUUGGCAGUAAAAAAGCAGUAAUACCUCCAAAAUUUUCUUCAGAUAAGUUUAACUUAGCAGGCGAAAAUAGGUUCUGCUAACAUAAAGAGGAGGUUUAUGCGUAAUGGUCAAUUUAGACUUGUAAGAAUGCUUUCAAAGUCUUUUGACUUACAUACUUGUUUUCCAUCCCGAGAACGAUAAUAAAGACUGUUUACAUUUUAAUUGUGUUUUGCAUGAGAUUGAGGAUGCCAGUAGAGGAUCGAGGUUGAUGAGCCGAGUGAGGUUCUAAGAGAGCUAUGGAUGGGAGGGGGCUUUGAACUUGCUUUAGAUGACUUCAAUCUUGACUGAAAUGGUCUUAUGCCAUUUUAUGAUCAGCAUUGAGGGCGAAUUUGUAGUGGUGGUAUGAAUUAUUGGAGAACGUCUUCAAAUAUAUUCUGAUUAAUUGACCUAGUGGAGCUGAGAUUGAUUGAGAGAGCUCUGCUUUUGCUUUAACUCCUUUAUGGGCCCUUGGAUUUUGAGUUGUAUUUCAUAUUUCCUUAUUUGAUGAUCGUAUUACGAUUUUUUUAUUAAAACAUAUUUUAUAAACCGAAGAAAGGUGAAUGAAUUAUGUAAUAGAUGUAAUGCAGUCGGUGAAUCUGAAGCAUAAAUAAGAAACCUCAUGGCGUAAGAUCAAAUUUAAAGAACUUCCAUUUACUGAGGUAUGUACAAGAUUCUUGUACAAAACUUCAGAACAAUAACCCCAUGAAAAUCUAAAAUGUUGCUAUGAUUGCCAUCUAUAAAGCGACAUAUACUGAGAUGAAUGAGCCUCAUUGGUUUUUAAGCGUUCAGAGACAGAAAUCCUCACUGAAUCUACAAAUAUGAUCGAGUUUUGCUGAAUCAGGUAGAAUUGGCAUGUUGUUGCACACUUUGUCAGUUUUCCCUGUAAGACCAAGUUUUUUAUGGUGUCACCCUUUAGUGCAAAUAUUAAAUGGUUGCGUGUGUUUGUGUAUAGUUUAUAUUCUUACUUUUUUUCCACAGACUUGAUUAUUCAUAUCUUUUGUAGGACUGGGAACCUUUGUCAUCUCAACAGAGACUAGCAGCAUCUAUAGUUGAGGUUUUUCGGAUUAUCGAAGAGGUCCAUCUUUUUUUUAUUCUACUUUAUUUUUUUGUGAUUUUAUAUAGGAAAUAUCUGAUAGCUAAACAUUAAUUUUCAAUUCAUUUUCCAUACGUCAGUAUAUUUAUUAUUAUAGUGUCAUUUCCUUUUUCCUUUCUUGUAAAUGUAAAUGAAAUAGACCACCAUUUCGUGGAUGUUUCAAAUGGCUAUUUCAGUAUUCUUGUGGUCUUAUUCUCUCAUCCUGUUGACUCGUUUUGGCAGAAGUUGAUAAAAAAUGUAGUUUUGAUGCAAGCCAGACAAGAAUAAACAGUUGGGAAGAUUGUCUGUCAUAUCAUUUCAUAGAACAAUUGCUGGUUAUAUACAGUUACUCCGACCUCAAAAAAAGGAAAACUACCUAGGUUGAAUCCCACAAUUGUAGGAUUACAUCCAAAUUAGGAAACUGACCAAUAUCCAAACCUUAAUUAUACGUUUUUUCCCACACUUCUCCUGAAGCUGGUGAAUUGGCAUUCUCCAUUCCCAGUGUAGAUACUGAACUAAGUCCCUAGUAAGUACAUCUGCAAGUUGGCCACGUGUAGACAUGUAAGGUGUACAAAUCAGUCCACUCUCCAUCUUCUCCUUGAUGAAAGUGUCUGUCAGUCUCGACAUGUUUUGUUCAAUUGUGUUGAACAGGGUUGUAAGCUAUGCUGAUUGUAGACUUGUUAUCACAAUAGAAUUUAAUUGGGCCAUCCCACUUAAUUUUUAAGUCUUCUAAGAUGAUCUUUAACCAAAGUGGUUCACACAAACCUUGAGCCAUUGAUCGGAAUUCAGCUUCUGCUCUAGAUCGUUUCAUCACAUUCUGUUUCUUACUUUUCCACAUCUCGAGUUUGUCACCAAGACAGGCGCAAUAUUCAGAGGUGUGUAAUCCAUUUCUUUGACAGUCACACAGAAUCUUUGGGAGGAUUAUCUGUUCUGCAUGUGUAUGUGGGUCGAUGUAAAGAAUUUAAGGGGAUAAGUGACCUAUGCGCAAUUUUUGUAAAAAAAAUAGUUGACUGCUUUGUCACCUUGUCAUUUGGUUUUAGUCAUUGUUGAUCAUGCUAAGCUUAUUGGCACAUUUAACUUUUUGUCCCUAUCAGAUCUGACCUCAUGGUAAUUUGCAGAACGUUGAGCAGUUCUUUAAUUUUCACCUUCCAAUGGACAUCAUCCACCUGCGAUCUCUACUGAUAGGGAUUUUUCAGAGCCUAGAUACUUAUUUAUUGCAAAUGGGGAAUAAAUUUGGUAAUAUUCUUUCCAUAACAUCGUCAAUUUUUUUUUUUCAUUUCGAAAGAUUUGGAUGUUCUUCACCCUGGUAAUUCCAUAUAAGGUAUAUCUAUUAUGCUUCCCAUGACAGCUGUAAAUGAAACGUUUAUAUAUUCAAUAUUUAUGUUUGUUCCAUCUCCCAAAAAUGUUUAUUUCAUGAUUGCCUGCAAUACUUUCAAGCCUUAAGGCCAAAAUAUGUACAUUCAUUUGCUCGCAAAGGGUGUGAAUUUCCCAUUCCUUGGCAAUGAUCAGUAAUCUUACUCAGCAUUGUACACCGUAUAACGAAAAUCAGUGGUAAAUAAAUAAAAUACAAACGGAGAUUCUGUACCCAUACAGUGGAUUUUAAUAAUGUUCAAACCACCAAGGGGCACAAUACCGUGAAGUUUACAUUUGCCCUUCUAUUUUUUGUCUGGGGGGUAGAGGUCGAUGAGGAACGCAGAAUCACGGUUCCAGAUGUUCAUUGGCUGGUGGCAGUCAUAUGCUAUCAUGGUUCCUACAGAAUUAAGAUUACAAAGACCUUCAUACAUUAUCGGAAAAUGUUGCUUGUUGUUUUGAUAAGAAUGAGUUUCCCUUGUGGGCAUUGUACAUAAAUUAUGAGUGGGGUUGGUUUUUGCAUUCACAGUGACAGUUGACCUUACGGUGCUAUGAUUUAUAGCUGAGGACUUUUGUAAAGGGAUCUGCCAAGUUACACAUUUUUUCUGGGCCAGGUCCUUCAAUUAGAAUACUUGAGAAUUGCCCAUUGGAUGCACAUUUAAUGGCGAUGAAAGAUCCAACAAAUCAGUCCCUUAAGAGAUGAAAGGAAGCAAUUUUUUUUCAUCUGAAUCCAGCUCAUAGGCCGAUUCAGUUUUUUCUCUCAAACAGUGUCAAGUAAUAUAUAUCAUUUGGCAUCUUGUUACUCCUAGGUGGUACUCAAUAAUUUUUCUACUAUACAUUACUUACAAAUCUGAGGGGCACAUCGUAGGAUAACAUAUGACGACAUCUGGUCUGUCUCGAAAACUGUCUUCUUGUUGCUAAAGAAAAUUUGGAGCAGCAGCAAUAGAGGAAGAUGUAGAGAUUAGCCCUUGCGUAUUAACCAAAAGAGGGUGAACAAUGCCUACAUAACAGUCACAGAAGAGGCAUUUCCGUACAAAUGGCUAUGUCACUCAAUUUACAUUUACAGGCUAGCUGAGUUUUGUGUUAUUAUUUUGCUAGUGGUUAGCCAUCCACACGAGAUUUUUUCUCCAAGUUGAGGGUUCAGAUAAACGGUUAAAAGGUUCCCAAAAUUCUUAUAGCAAACGCUAUAAUGUAUAUAAUCCUAUCAUUUUGGUUACAUUUGCUACUCUUGACAUGCUUGGAGAAAUAAUAUUCACAUGCUUAUAAACGUGAUAAAAUAACAAAUAAUAUUUUUAGCAUAUAAUGCUUGAAAGCAAAUCCAUACCAUGGUUGAUUGAGAUGUGCAUUUGGCAGACUCAUACUAUGUUUGAGGAUAAAAGUGUAGUAUGUUGACAUCAGGUGCUUUGACGAAGGAUAGGGUCCUACUCUUAUACAAAAAGCCUCUUUUCACAUCCUUGGUAAAUUUCUAAAACAUAGUUUUCAUCUCAUGUUCAUCGAUUAGGAUACCUCUGAUUAUCUUAUUUUUCGAACAAAUAAAUAUAGAAGAUGUAAAGGAAGAAGAGAGGAGAGACCACCACGAGUUUGCCUUGAUCUACCAAGAGCGACUAAUGAUUUGUGAACAAAGAAAAUAUUUGACUCCAGCUGCCUUUCCAGCUCUUCUCUGGGAUUUGCUGCGGUGCCUUUGGCGCAAUCAAAUGCAAAUGCUCAUACCAUCUCCUACCUUCCUCUUCUAUUGUUCAUUUCUCUGGUCUUAUCUUUCUCUGUUCUGUCCACUGCUUUUUUUUGCAUUUUUUUGCUUUCCUCCCUCUCCUUUUCCAUUGUAUCUGCAGUGGUGUCAUCUUCAAUCCGGACUCAAGUCAUGUGGGAGACAGCCUCCGGUGUCUAUUUUGAAAAUCUUGUUAGAUAACUUGGAACUUUGCUAACCUUAUUCAUGUAAAUUUUUUCAAUACGUUUUUUUUUUUACUUAUUUACGGCAUCAUAUGAAAUGGAACCUUGGAGCAAGUAAAAUGGUGGAUGUUAGUAUGCCAUUUUAGCAUACUUUCAGGCUCAGUAGUGGCUCAGAGUCACUAUCACUUGUAUUCUUUCUAUACCACUGCAUGUUGUAAGCGAUAAUAUUUGCUCGUGCCAUUAAUUCUGAUUAACCAUGAAUUCCUAAAUGUCUUUCUCGUGAGGUGGUCUUUACAAAAGCUGACAUCAGCAGUUCUCCUUUUGAAUGUGCCAAAAUUUCCUCUGUAGUUGUUGAAACUUAAUCUACUUCUUGAAGUUGUUUAUCUUUUUGUUUUAUGGAGGUACUCAUUUUUUGAGAAAUUUCAUAAAAUAGAGCUUGUGUUCAUGCUCAAGGCCAAUGAAUAUUGAGCACAUAUGUUAAAGAGAAUCCCCGGUUGAUUUCGUUCCUAGAUUGAUCAGCCCAUGACUCCACAUACGGAGUCCAAGUUUGUUUUUACAUUUUUCCCCUCAAUCCUCUUAAUGAUCAGUCAAAUUUCUUAAAAGGGACCACCAUUUUAUGGGGUUUAACCAUUUCUCAUAUAAGUCAGAAUUUAGUUGUUUUUAAUAGAAUUUUAUUUUAGCAUGUUGAGUCUAUUGAAAGUGUCUAAUGAACUGGACUAAUGUCGGAACUUGGUUUUUCUAUGGGCAGUGUCAUGGCCUCAAAAUGGGUUAGGAAUACAGUUUCUAAAUCUGUUCAUAUUUUCAGGAUCAAAUUGCUCUUGCAUUUGUAGCCAAUGUUUAAUAUAUGACAUAUCUUAAAAUGAUUGAUUGCCGGUUCAAUGCUACUCUCUCAACGUACAGAUUUACAUUUAUAAUUGUCCUUUUUUUGUGUGGCUUAAUUUUUUUUUUUCUACUUCAUCAAUUUUUAAUGGAAUGGGUACUACAAAAGAUUGAUCAGCCAAUUUAAGUUCAAAGUUUGAGUAUUUCAAACAUUUCUUUCAGUUUUUAUAAGUUUGCUUCUACUAUGUAAAUAUCCGAUUUACAUCUCCAUGUUUUCAUUAAAAUUUUCUCUAACGUGCAGUUGAUAAAAAGCAUUUGUAUCCCAGUGUGCCAGCUUUGACACGUUACAAAGAGGAAACAGGUCUGUUCACAAAGAAAAAACCUACUGAACUUGCUGUUCAUGAAGAAAACGUUAUCCAGUUGCUGGAUGGUUUGACAACAUCCAAACUUUGUAUUAGAUUGAACACUCUACAUGUAAGCUCGAAUUUUUACAUUUGUUUGGUGUAUUUCUAAGAAUUUUAUUCCCCUCUUGUUGUUAUUUCGUUUUUAUUAGAUAAAUUAUGGGCGUUCGUUUUAAGUUAUCUGAAAUUCUAGUUGCUUAUUUAUUGAUGUCUGGUACCGUGGAAAUUCUAUUCACAAGUUCUCUAUAUCUGUAUCGAUUAUCAAAUGUGGUUCUGGGUGUGCCCAACUGUGACAAUAAUCUAACUGGAUUGGGUGUGUAUUUUUUUUAAUGAAAUUGGCUUAAUUUUUUUGUGUCAAUGCAGUAUAUACGAGUCCAAAUUGAUAUAGUAGAAGAUUCAAUCAAAAAGUUGUGGAAGCAAAUCCAUCCAGGUACUGAUGCUAAAUUGUCGAAUUCAAUAUAUGAUUUCAUGGUAUUAUUUUGAUUUUUUUUAAUUUUUUUACACCGAUCCUAGAUAAUUUUAGUUUUAAACCAAACGUGCUAGUUUGGGAGUUGGAUAUGUAGCACAACACGAGAGUUUAUGGUAUUCAUUUUGAUUUGUUGAUUUUAACUAUCUUAUGGUGGCCAUAGGUAUUGCCGAUUUUUUUCCAUGGGAGAAUUUUCGUUCAGCUGCUGUGAAUUAAGAAGAUUUUCGGUUAGUGUUCAUCCAUGUUAGAUAAAAAAAUUUAUUCAAGAGGCUUGGUGAAUUAGCACAGAGUUGAUGAAUCCAAUCAACAAGUCUCUUGUGUCGAUCAUGAAUUGGUAAAGCUUGUUCGUGUUCAGUCAAAGAUAGGGUUUUAGUCUAAUCCCUCCCAACUAUGAUCAAUUUCUUUAAAACACUGGUUGAAACUCACAUAAAUUGUGAUCCAUCGUUUCUGACAAAGAGCUGUAAGAAACAAUUUGGGUCGUCUCUCUAGUCUUUAGCCAGUUUGAGGGGUGGCACAAACAAGCUUUAGUCUGCUUGGCUCGUGGGUUUUGGCAUGAUUCACAUCUGAAACGGGUCAAUUCUCAUCAGUCCGAGUGCUGUUGGCGUUUCUGAUCUCUUGAUUAGAAAAUGGUUGAUUACAAGAGAAAGUUUCAGAAAAGAAGACAUGGAUUAUUUACGUAACAUACCCAAAGCAUUAAAGUCCUCUAUUUAAUCUAGUUACAUGGUAUAAUGCACAAAGGAAAAUAUUUCUGUAUUGUUGGAAAUGCCAUGAUGUUAUUCCAUCAUCUCACGUAUCAUAUUUAGCACAACAGCAGGUCUAGUGUGAAAAUUGAACUUUUUGUGACUUGGUUUCUUGUUGUUGAUAUUGUUCUUAUUUGCUUUUAUUCAGUGGAGGAUCAAUUUUCUGGAGAUCCUGGUGGAGGAUUGGAUGGUUCUGCUCAGUCAAUUGAGGAACUAUUUACAAUAUUUGAUGAGAUCAGAAAGACCUCAUUCAAUAUGAGCGACGAGAUCUGUGAUUUUAUUGGUAAUCAGACAUGCUAGUAUCUAUGGAUAAAGCUAAACAAAAGCUGUCAUCUUUCCUGUAGUUUGUUCUGGUGUUUCUUGGUUUGAAUUUCUUUUGUCAAUGAUUCUCACUGGAUGACCACAUGAGGAAAUGGAUCUCAAUAAAUAGCAACCAAUGACAAUUUUCUGGAGUUAUGAAUUACAGUCAUUUAAUUGCAAGAACACGAUAACUUUUGUUUUUUAUAAAUUUGAUAUGCAAGGUUUUAAUCUCAUUUUCUUAUGAUUUCCCCUUCAAAUAAUUUUCUUGGAUAUCUGCUUGAGGCCAGACUAGGUAUCUAUUCCUGUGAAAGGUAGAUAACGAAAUCCAUUUUUAUGCAUCCUUGAAAGAGAGUCUGAUUUAAGACGUGUAGGCAAUAUGGAUACUGUUUUCUACGUUUUCAUUGAUUCAUGGUUUGUAAUUUCUGAAUAUUCACAGGUUAUUCCCUUGUGCUGCAAACUUCCAAGCCAUAGAUUGCUUCUGCUAUCAAUCGAUCAUUUGGAAGGAGAUUUAGAUUUAUUUUUUUAAUUCAAGGAUCCAGAGAGCUGCACUCUAAUUUUGAAUCUGACUCCAAAAUUUGGAAGAUAUUUCUUAAUUGAUGUCAAAGAUCUGCGUGUUGGCAUGGUAGAUGCAUGCAAGUGAUUUCGACUUAUUAAGCAUGUCUUUAGAAGCAUCUAUUUCAUUGAAAUUAUUUAUCUAUUUCUUAAUGUUAUAUUUUGUUCAUGUAAAGAUUUGAGGUCUCUUACUCGGAGUUGACUUUCUAAGACACCAUCCGGACAGGAUCUAUCCAACUAUUUUGACUCUUAUCGUACUUCCACUUCUUGCACUGAAAUGAUAUGAUUUCUCGCAAGGUUUCCCAUCACCUGUAGACAGAGCUACCAACCUAAAGACCCACCAUUUAUUUAUUCACGUGUUUUUAUCUGAUAUUCUUUUCAGGACCUAGACUCAUAUUCUGGGACUUGAGGGACUCCUUCAUAUUUUCUUUGUACAGUGGAAAUGUAGAACAUGCUCGGCUGGAUAUUGUAAUCCAACAACUUGAUUCUGUAAGUUGAUAGAAUACAGGACGCAUGGAGUUUCCCAUUCGAAAACAUACUGAGAAAAUUAAUCAUCUUGCUCAUUGAACUCCAUUUCUCAAGGGUAUUUUUUUUAUUCCUGCUGACUGGUGGGUGUAGAUCCUGAACCAAAUAUGUGAUUGGCUUAUCGAUACUUUGAGGGAUCGAGUUAUCUCAAGCAUCUGCAGGGCAUCAAUGGUGCGGCACUUUUCUUCAUGCUAUCUAUUUCUAACCACAUUGUUUCAACUCUUUUCUUUAAUACUUUAUGGACUCUACAGGAAGGCUAUGCCUGGGUGUUGUCAGAUGGAGGCCCAUCUCGUGCAUUUUCAGAGGUUGACGUUUCAAUGCUGCAGGAAGAUCUUAACAUGUUGAAGGUAUGCAUCCUUCUUUAAAAAACAUUGAUUUCAAUCAAAACCCACAUUUACGCAUUAAGAUAAAUGGAUUUAAAGUGUGAUAUCGUUCCACGAUUGUUGUUUAAUGACACUUUCAAAAGCAUCAAAAGUAUGAUAAAUGGAUCAAAAAGGUUAUGUUCACCAGUAUUUUUUUCCAAAAUAAUACACACAAUGUUGUUAUCUGAUGGGCUAUUCUUUCAGAUGGCUGCACUCCCUAUUUCUGAUUAAUCAGUAUCUCUAAGUUUGUGCUGCUAUUGUAUGCGAAUCAAUGAUUUAUGUCAAUUCAUGGGACGUGUAUGAUGGUGGUUUUGUGGAUUUUCUACUUUGAAUCAAUGGUGGAACAGAAACCCUAACUAAUGGAAAUUUCCAAAAUUUGCAUCGAGAUCGAGUUUCAGAGAGUGAAAGUUGUUAAAUGAUAAUUUCAAGAUCAUGAAAACCAUUGUGAGUUCACAUUGAAGGAAAUUUAUGCGUCAUCACCUGGCAGGAGCUUUUUGUAGCAGGUGGGGAAGGCCUCCCUCGCUCUGAUGUUGAGAAAGAAGCGAAGUUGAUUCAGCAGAUACUGGAAAUCUGUGGCCUCAAGGUUCUGCCCGCCCAUUACAUUCACAUUUCAUAAGAUAUAACGACCUUCUCCACUGUUCUUGGCUCAUGUUCUUGUCUAUUUUCAGACUGGCACCAUUAUUGAGAUGCUGAUGAGUUCAAGCGAGCAUAUAUCCUUAGAACCAGAUGCUCGGGAACCUGGAAGGGGGAACGCAACAGAUGCCGAUACACUGCUGAGAAUAUUAUGCCACAGAAAGGACAGGGAAGCCUCAAAGUUCCUGAAGAAGCAUUAUCAUCUUCCAAAAUCAUCAGGUGAAGAAGAAAUCACCUUCCUGUUCUUGAUUUACCAUCAAAAUCAGUUUUUUUCGGCAACUUAAUGCCCGCUUCAUACCUUUUAUCAGGCUCCAGUACUUGAGACAUGCAUCAUUUUUCAACAUUUUUGCCCUUUUCUUUGUCUUUGACAUCAGCGAUCCAGGUUAUAUAUAUGGAAAUGAACUAAUUAGUAUACAUAAAAUCUUACAAUGAUUCUGAAAUUGGUCUGAACUUGCAAGUUGCAGCAGAUCAAAGGAUCUCAGAGCCUAUACUCCUACAACACGAUUUAUGGUUUCAUGAAGAAUGUUUUUCCAAAUAUAUCGUGAAAAUAGUCCAGAAUUUCGCAUAAAUACCGAAUAUGUAGAAAAUUUUCAGUUUUCACGCACAGAGCAUGAGCAAUCGUUCAAGUGUUCACCUGGUGCUCUUGAUGAUUCUUUGCCACAGAUUAUGAUGAAACUCCAGGGAGAGCGUUUGUGUCAAAGUCGCCUCUCAUAACUGACAUUAUCAACAGGAGCACAUCGGCCCGGUGGACCGAGAAGGGGCAGAAAAGUUUCAGGACUAUGAAGCAGAGAUUUCGGGAGGCAGCAUCUGAGAUUAAAUACUCACCUUGGUAG